GUAGCCAAGGCAAUUGAGAGAUCUUUUCGCUCUCAUUCUUGGCUCUGCUCGUCCGAGAACCUACUACUUCUAUAUCUUCGUUUUUGGGGGUUACUAACUAAGAGCAGUCAAAAUGGUGAAGUUUACAGCAGAAGGGCUUCGCAGGAUUAUGGACCUAAAACAUAAUAUUCGUAAUAUGUCUGUGAUUGCACAUGUGGAUCAUGGGAAGUCUACGCUUACGGAUUCUCUUGUAGCAGCCGCUGGAAUUAUUGCACAAGAAGUUGCAGGAGAUGUUCGGAUGACUGAUACCCGCGCAGAUGAGGCAGAGCGUGGUAUCACUAUUAAGUCGACUGGUAUUUCUCUGUACUAUGAAAUGUCAGAUGAAUCUCUGAAGAGCUACAAGGGAGAACGUUCUGGGAAUGAGUAUCUGAUCAAUCUGAUUGAUUCCCCUGGACACGUUGACUUCUCAUCUGAGGUUACAGCUGCUCUUCGUAUUACUGAUGGUGCACUCGUGGUGGUGGAUUGUGUUGAGGGAGUUUGUGUACAAACUGAGACUGUGCUGAGACAGGCCCUUGGUGAGAGGAUUAGGCCCGUCUUGACUGUAAAUAAGAUGGACAGGUGCUUCCUUGAGCUUCAGGUUGAUGGAGAAGAGGCUUAUCAGACCUUUCAAAGGGUCAUUGAGAAUGCUAAUGUGAUUAUGGCCACAUAUGAGGAUCCACUUCUUGGGGAUGUCCAGGUUUACCCUGAGAAAGGUACAGUUGCCUUUUCUGCUGGUCUGCACGGUUGGGCCUUCACCUUGACCAACUUUGCCAAGAUGUAUGCAUCCAAGUUUGGUGUAGAUGAGUCCAAGAUGAUGGAGAGGCUCUGGGGUGAGAACUACUUCGAUCCUGCUACCAAGAAAUGGACCAGCAAGAGCACUGGGUCACCCACAUGCAAGAGGGGUUUCGUUCAAUUCUGUUAUGAACCUAUCAAGCAGAUAAUCAAUACUUGCAUGAAUGAUCAGAAAGACAAGUUGUGGCCAAUGUUGCAGAAGCUUGGUGUGACGAUGAAGUCUGAUGAGAAAGACCUGGUUGGGAAAGCUUUGAUGAAGCGUGUUAUGCAGACCUGGCUCCCAGCUAGCAGUGCACUACUUGAAAUGAUGAUCUUUCACCUUCCUUCACCUUCCAAGGCUCAGAGAUAUCGUGUCGAGAACUUGUAUGAAGGUCCCAUGGAUGAUAUUUAUGCGAAUGCUAUCAGAAACUGUGAUCCUGAGGGGCCUCUUAUGCUUUAUGUGUCCAAAAUGAUUCCGGCCUCUGACAAGGGUAGGUUCUUUGCUUUUGGUCGUGUCUUUGCUGGAAAGGUCUCCACUGGUUUGAAGGUUAGAAUUAUGGGACCAAACUAUGUCCCUGGACAGAAGAAGGACUUGUAUGUCAAGAGUGUGCAGAGAACUGUUAUUUGGAUGGGAAAGAGGCAAGAAUCGGUUGAGGAUGUGCCGUGUGGUAACACUGUGGCAUUGGUUGGUCUUGACCAGUUCAUUACCAAGAAUGCAACGCUGACAAAUGAGAAGGAAGUUGAUGCUCAUCCAAUUCGUGCUAUGAAGUUCUCCGUCUCACCCGUUGUGCGUGUGGCUGUACAAUGUAAGGUUGCCUCAGAUCUUCCAAAACUUGUUGAAGGUCUAAAACGUUUGGCCAAGUCGGAUCCUAUGGUGGUGUGUACAAUAGAGGAGUCUGGUGAGCACAUCAUAGCCGGUGCUGGUGAGCUUCACCUUGAGAUCUGUUUGAAGGAUUUGCAAGAAGACUUUAUGGGUGGUGCUGAGAUUAUUCAGUCUGAUCCUGUUGUUUCUUUUCGUGAGACUGUCAUCGAGAAGUCAUCCCGGACGGUGAUGAGCAAGUCACCCAACAAGCACAACCGGCUGUACAUGGAGGCCAGACCCCUGGAGGAAGGGCUUGCAGAGGCUAUUGAUGAGGGGCGUAUUGGUCCAAGGGAUGAUCCUAAGGUUCGUUCAAAGAUUUUGGCUGAGGAGUUUGGGUGGGACAAGGAUCUUGCGAAGAAGAUCUGGUGUUUCGGGCCCGAGACAACUGGACCAAACAUGGUCGUUGAUAUGUGUAAGGGAGUACAGUAUCUGAAUGAAAUCAAGGAUUCGGUUGUUGCUGGUUUCCAGUGGGCUUCAAAGGAGGGAGCAUUGGCUGAAGAGAACAUGAGAGGUAUCUGCUUUGAGGUUUGUGAUGUGGUGUUGCAUGCUGAUGCUAUCCACAGAGGAGGUGGUCAGAUCAUUCCUACUGCUAGGAGGGUCAUCUAUGCUUCACAAAUCACUGCCAAACCUAGGCUUCUGGAACCAGUCUACUUGGUCGAGAUCCAGGCACCGGAGCAGGCACUUGGUGGUAUCUAUGGUGUUCUGAAUCAGAAGCGUGGUCAUGUCUUCGAGGAAUUGCAGAGACCAGGUACCCCUCUUUACAACAUCAAGGCUUACCUCCCUGUCGUUGAGUCAUUCGGGUUCUCAAGUACGCUCAGGGCUGCAACCUCGGGGCAGGCCUUCCCCCAGUGUGUGUUUGAUCACUGGGAUGCCAUGUCUUCUGAUCCAUUGGAGUCUGGGAGCCAAGCUGCACAGCUGGUUGCUGAUAUUAGGAAGAGGAAAGGUUUGAAGGAGCAGAUGACUCCACUCUCUGAGUUCGAGGACAAGCUAUAAGUUUGUCAAACCAUUGUCUUAUUGUAAGUUGAGCCAUCAAUGGAGAGAUGACUCCGAGCAGCAAAAUAUAGACUUUUUUGGGACAAAUAUAUUUAUGUUUUUUUUUUUCCGUCGAGUUUUCUGGGCAAAUGUGGUAAUCUCAUUUUUCUUGUAGGUUCUGUGGUUGUAAAACAGUUGUGAUUUUGUUACUGUAUUACGUAUUUGGUUUA